CAACAUGGCUGACAAAACUGACCGAUCCAAAAAGGUUCUCACAUAUCAUUCCGAAAUGGUAACGAAGCUUGGGGAAUUAUUUUCAACAAAGUCCAAAGAGUGGGACUCAAUUUGCGAUCAAUUAGAAGCGAUGGGUGACAUCACACCAGCCAAUAGAGAAGAUAAUGUAAAAAGCAUGCAUGAUUUAUGCAAGUGCUUAAAGUCUAAUGGCACAAUCGUUUACGGGGGAUACAAAACUUUACGUGCCGUUCUCCGUGCACAAAAUGUGGAAGCGGGUCAAAUAAUUGACACAUACACGAAACUGAUCCAUCAGGAAAACGAAGGUGUAGAAAAUACCUGCAAGUCGCAGGCGGUGUUCAGUGAGCAAAAUAGCGAGGACAGAAAGAGAAAACAAGGACCGAGUGGUGACCGGGAUCCGUUAGAUGACUCCAAGCUUAGAAAGGAGAAACGGAAAAAAGUUGAAGAAGACCGUCCUUAUCAGUUUAGAAAACAGAUGGACAAUACCCAUGACGCAAGAAUAAUUGACGUGUGGACGCGUGCAAGAAACGCUGUUGGACGCAUCAGAGGGCCACAAUACACCGGAACAGGGAUAAGAGUUGGUACCAAGUACAUUCUCACUGCCUAUCAUGUCGCAAAAGACAUAACAAGUAAGUUAAUAAGAAAGAUGAUUCUACUCCGAUAUUUACAGACUUAAAUAAACUUCCCUUGUCAAGGCAUUGCCUAU